AAAAGAUCAGGUGAUGCCUUCCCUGCUCCGCCUCCCCGUUAUAUAGGUCCUUUUACCUGAGACAGACCAAGACUCCUGGAGGAUAGAGCCCCCUGGUCCCCAGCUUUCCAGAACAGCAGACAUGAGUAAGAAGGCUGAUGAUCGUCAGAUCAAGGACAGACUGGAACAGCUGAGAUGUCCCUUUACAUGGAACUUGCUCAUUGAAGAUUCUGAAGUGCCUAAUUUAGAAAACAGAGUCUUGGAGCAGCUAGAGUUCCUAGACAACUCACACAAUGCAAGAACCCACAACCUACUGGCCUAUGUGAAACACCUGAACGGCCAGAAUGAGGAGGCCCUGGAGUGCUUGAAGAAAGCUGAAGACUUAAUCCAGAAAGAGUAUGCUGACCACUUGGACAGGAGGAGUCUGGUGACCUGGGGCAACUAUGCCUGGGUCUACUACCACAUGGGCAGGCUGGCAGAAGCCCAGACUUACCUGGACAAGGUGGAGAAGACUUGUAAGAAGUUUUCAAGUCCCUUCUGUUAUAGGAUGGAGGAUCCUUGGAUGGACAGUGACGAAGGAUGGGCCUUGCUGAAGUGUGGAGGAAGGAAUUAUGGACGGGCCAAGGCCUGCUUUGAAAAGGCUCUGGAAGUGGACCCUGACAACCCCGAAUUCAGCGCUGGCUAUGCGAUCACCACCUACCGUCUGGAAGGCUUUAAUCCAACAACAAAGUAUAAAACGUCAUUUUCAUUGCAACCACUAAGACGGGCCCUCAAACUAAAUCCAGAAAAUGUGUAUGUUAAGGUUCUCCUUGCCCUGAAGCUUCAGGAUGUAGGAAAGAAAGCUGAAGGAGAAAAGCUCCUUGAAGAAGCACUGAGCAGCCAGUCCUCGCAGAUCUAUGUCUUUCGAUAUGCAGCCAAGUUCUACCGAAGAAAAGGCUGCCUGGAUAAAGCUCUCCAGCUUUUAAAAAUGGCCUUGGAGGCUGCACCCACCUCUGCCAUUCUCCAUCACCAGAUAGGGCUUUGCUAUAAGGAACAGCUAAGGAAAUCUAGAGGGAAGGAUCCAAAACAGGCCAGCAGCACACUAAGAUUAGCUAUAGCUCACUUCGAAGCUGCUGUAAAGGAAAAGCCCACAUUUGGAUUAGCUUACUUGGACCUAGCCAACAUGUACACUAAAGGAGGUGAAUACCAAAAGGCUGAGGACACUUACCAGAAAGUACUCAGCUUGCGUGAAGUCAAUAAAAGCUUAUUGCAACAGAUUCAUUUUCGUUAUGACCAGUUUCAGGAACGUCAUAGGAAACCAGAAGGUGAUGCUAGGGCCUGCUCCUCACGAGGGCUAAAUGUGGACAGGGAGUCAGAUGCUCAAGGGAAAAUUGUCAGUGCUUUAGAGAAGUUGUCGAUAAGCCUUCAUCAGAAUAAGGCUGAUGUGGAGACUUUGAAUCUCCUUGUGCCUGUUCAGAAAUUGAAAGGAGGAAGAGCGUGAAGCCCUACUCUCUUGAGAGUGCCUGAGACUGGCUGCUAGCUUGAACCCUAACUUUUAAAAUGUUAGAUGUUAUUCUACCUGCAUCAAAACACCAUGCAAAUCAUCCCUGAUUGCUGCCUUUAAGAAAGUAUAACUAUAACCAAGCCAUCAGAGAAGCAAACUGCUUCCAGAUUGCACUUAGUCUUAGAGUUCAUUUUAAUAGAGUAAAUCUUAGGAAACUCACUUCACAGUGAGUCUUAUGGUACCUUACCUUUUACCUCCCCCACAAUAGAUAGAGCCUAACACUAAUUAGUGAAUAUUAACAAUAACCUUGCUGAGUCCUUUCAGCUACCAGGCUGCAGAGACGAGGAGAGGAUCAACGCCACAAGCCCCCUCCCGUAUGACUGGCUGAGAAGAUGUUUAUCAGCUCAAGCAUUGCAAAGCCACACCUAGGCCUUCACUGCUUCUGGGACCAGCAGAUGGCAUAUGGUUAUGUCACUGGACUCCCACAUAGUUGACUGCGGUUCGAGUCCCAGACCCAGUGGAUUGAAAUUCAUGCCAGGUGCGUG